CUCCCCUCCUACGUCUAGGCAUGUGGUUGGUUUGCCACACGGGCUUCAUCAAGAUGGCUGCAGUUCUUCGAGCAAAUCAGGAGUGCGGGCUGUAAGCCAGCGGUCCACAUCACUACAGCAGCGCAUAUUCCCGUCCGUCUGUGUGUGUGUGAGCCGCCGCCAGUGGACCGAGCGGGUCACUUCUGACAAGUGAGAUGGUGAGAGGGGGGAGGGAAUGAGGCCAUGGGCUGCACCUCGGCUAAGCAGGUGUCGGCUGUGCCCACUGACGAAGAGGGCCGGGGCAAAGCCUACAGCAAUGGAGACCUCUUCACUGAUGAAUAUAAAAACAAGGGAGUGGAGGAGGUGAAGUAUAUGCGUGGAGAAGAGGACAGAGUAAAUGCACGCAACCAGGAGAACCUGGAGAAGAGCUCGGCGCUGCACAGGACCAAACAGCACAAAGAGGUGCCUGGGCCCAGCGCCAAUAAGACGAACAUACAUACAUCAGAGAGCCAGCAGGAGUUCUUCAGAAUGCUGGAUGAGAAGAUUGAGAAGGGGCGGGACUACUGCUCCGAGGAGGAGGACGAUGUGACAUAGCAGAUAGGAGCCAGAUCUUGCCAGAGAUGGAAAUGGAGAGAAAUUGUGAACUCAAAAAUCAGUGUUUCCUAUGUCUGUAACACUGUCAGUCUGAGAGCGAGUGUGCGUGCGAGUGCGUGAGAGAGUGUGCUUGUGAGAGCGAAAGAACGCAGGACUUUUCCUCAUAGGCUGUUUGCACCCUUGACCCCUUCUCCUCUCUUGGGGUUGCCUUGCUUGGAUAUCUAGAUGGUUUUGGGUGAAGAAAGAACAGCCUGAUUGAUGUAUUAUCAACACAGACUCACUCUGAUGUGAAAUGAGGACCCCCCCACCCCCCAUCCUCUCCGCUCUUGUCCUCCUACGGCCAGCAUUGAAUUGGCCCCUUCCACCGCCUGGCUGUGACGGAGCCAUUGGAGAAAGAGAGAGAUUAUGUCGGGGAAAGUGAGAUGCCCCUCCCAGUCCUUGUUUUAAGUGGCAAGCCAGAGGAAAAAAACUGACAUAUGGAGGAACGAGAAGAGAGCUUACGAACAUCCUAUGGCGAUAGUGAGGCGUGAAUGUAAAGAUGGAGUGUUGUGGGUUUUGGGGGGGAGAGGGGAUUGAACAAGAGAGAUAUUUUAUUAAGAGCGACUAUAUGAACGAACUGUCUGAUUAUUUUGAUAUUUUGAUAAGAGAGAUGUGGGACGUUUUUGAACAUUUGAUCUGGGCUCCUGCCUUUUGAAGGACUUUUUUUUUAUUUGCCGAGAUUUAUUUGAUUGUUCCAUAAAUGUGUUUGUUUGUUGUUUUUUUUUCCUCUUAUUGCAUAGAUCAGACCUCCUCAAGCUUGUGCUAUAAAGGUCAGGGCUGUGCAGUGACCCCAUAACACACUCGCUCACACACACACACACAUACAUCGAGAAAGAUCUUAAAGCUAAAAUAAUCACCACACCCUCUUUCCACACACAAUUUCUGACUUCUAUUUCUAUAUCCUGCUAUUAUUUGUAAAAAUGGACGGAAAUAGUCACACUAGUUACCAGCAGUUACCCACACACACAUCCAAAUAUAUCCCUUACAGCCACCCGUUAACAGGCAGCAUUUAACUUAAAGAUCUGUAUUGACUGUUUAUGCUGCCCUUUAAUACAGGUAAUGGACUGUGUUGAAAGAACUGGGGUUGUCUGUUUUUUGUGUUUCGAUGGCUGUGUUUGUGUUAAUCUGUGUCAGAGAGCCAGGUCUGACUGUGUUAAUCGUUGUCAAACGGGUGAAAUGUUUGUCGUAGACCUGUGUAUGUUUAGCUACAGUGUUUACCUCUGUUCCUCACCCUGCCUUUCUCACUCAGUAGUAUUUAGUCGUGUUGGCUAAAAUGCAUCUGGUUGUCAGCCUGUACACUUACAAUUCAUGUAGACCACCAAACCAGUAUGAGGUGAGGUGGGGUGGGGUCACUUUGAGUACACAGCGCUGGCCAAGCAUCUGUCAUUAUAAUUACUGGAUUGAAUCCUUUUUAAAUUUUAUUUUCAAUGUUUUCUUUUUCUAUUAAAAUAUAAGACACAGGA